CAGGUAAUCUAGUGCCCUUGCCAACGUUCUUUAAAGACCCUCUAAUUUCCUCUUUCCUCGUGAACCUUUUAUUUCCCCUUCCCUCUUCAUUAUUACCAUCAGGGUUACAUGUUGCGCCUGUAAAUUUCUCCAAUUGCCCACCCUGAUACUGAGGGCAUAUCAUACGCCUCCCCCCCCCCCCACCGCUGCCCACUCUUAACUACUCAAAUACCUACUACUUUUGAUCUAACAAUACCUACCUACACAAACAGUCACAAACAGCCAAACGCCAAGUACUUUCAAAAACUUACAACCAUGGCUCCCCCUUCGGCCAUGGCCUCAGACUUGACUCCUGCUGCUGUAGCAAACUCCAUUGCGAAGAGCAGCACCGAGGCAAACAAUGUCACUGAUCAGAAGCUCGCAGAGCUUGAUCCUUCCAAGUUGAAAGUUACGAUUACCAAGUCUCCUAGACAAUUCCUAGCCGAUAGCAGCAAAAUUGAGUGGGGGAAAGCUGACGUCUCCACCGACCACUGGAUUACUGUGAAAUGGUCGGAGGCUGCAGGAUGGGCAGCGCCCGAAUUGAAACCCUAUGGCCCAAUCGAUUUGUGGCCCACUGCGUCUUGCCUGCAUUAUGCCACUGAGUGCUUUGAAGGUAUGAAGGCCUACCGCGGUUUCGACGGGUCUCUGCGUAUCUUCCGUCCCGCCAAAAACACAGCAAGAAUGCUUGUUUCUAGUACCAGGAUUUCCCUUCCUAGCUUCUCGCCUUCCGCCCUGGAGGAAUUGAUCAAGAUCUUACUCGCUACCGAUGGGCCAAAAUGGCUUCCAGAGCCUGGCUGCUUCUUGUACAUCCGUCCGACUUUGAUAGGCACUGGCGGUGCGUUGGGUAUCCACAGGCCCCGUGAGGCGAUGCUCUUCAUCGUUCUUGCUCAGUUUCCCGUCCUAUACGAGAAGAAUAUGAAGCUAUUGGCUAGUCGUGAGGAUUCUAUUCGUGCUUGGCCCGGUGGAUUUGGAUUUGCCAAAGUUGGGGCGAAUUACGGUCCUUCCUUGAUUGCGCAAAAGGAGGCUCUGGCUAGGGGCUAUGAUCAAAUCCUUUGGCUUUUCGAUAAAUCCUGCCAGGUGACAGAAGCGGGGGCAAGCAACUUCUUCGUUGUCUGGAAGAAUAAGGAUACCGGGAGAGUCGAAUUGGUCACUGCGCCUUUGGACGACAAGAUCAUUCUCGACGGAGUUACUCGUCGCUCAGUUCUUGAAUUGGCCAAGGACCGUCUCACAGUUUCUAAUGGCGAAAUCCAGGCACUCGAUGUUGUUGAGAGAAAGUAUACUAUGAUGGACCUUAUUGAUGCCGCCAAAGAGGAUCGUCUCUUGGAGGCCUUUGCUGCCGGAACUGCCUUCUUUAUCUCUUCUGUCUCAAAGGUCCACUUUCGCGGCGAAGACAUAUAUCCGAAGCAAGCUAAUGGAACAUAUACCGGCCUCUUGAAGGGCUGGCUUAAGGCUAUUAUGUUCGGCGAGGAAUCCCACGAAUGGGCCGUUGUCGUUCCCGAAACCGGUUUUGAAUUUGACGCUUCCGCAGCUGAUAAGGAAAUUAACGAGAUGGUGGAAAAUCUUCGUCGGAUGAAGGAUAACCCGGCCUUCGCCCCUGCUCUCCAAAGGGUCCAGGCGGAAGUCUAAUACUGUCUUCCUUCACCUUGUGAAAGUAAAUAGUUUUUCCCUAUUUUCUUUAUAUAUUAACUCUAUUCAUUCUACUUUUCCACUA